UUUGCCUUGGGCGAUCGUGGGUCUCAAGGCGCACCACUCAUCUCAUCUGUCGCCCCACUGAAGUUUCGGCGGCGGCGACGUGCUCGUGAUCCCAGCCCGAAGCGUGCCUCGGCUCCUGUCACCCCGUCGCUCCCACGCAACCAUGUCGAGGAGGAAGACCAGAGAGCCCAAGGAGGAGAAUGUCACCCUUGGACCCACUGUCUGUGAAGGAGAGUAUGUCUUUGGUGUUGCCAACAUCUUUGCAUCUUUCAAUGACACCCUCAUUGUAAGUGUUGUGUAUGUUCUAUCUGUGGAUAGACCUUUUCAUUCCAUUCCCUAGUUUAACUGUGUGAUGCUGUAAUAUGCAGCAUAUCACUGAUUUGUCUGGGAGGGAAACUCUGGUACCAUCCUAAAACCUUGGUCCAUGUUUGACCUUGAAGGCUGUUGUUCUUAACCCUGAUGUGCAAACCUAAACCAUGUAGGUGGGAUGAAGGUCAAGGCUGAUCGUGAUGAGUCGUCACCUUAUGCUGCUAUGCUUGCUGCUCAAGACGUUGCACAGGGUUGCAAGGAGCUUGGUAUUACUGCACUGCACAUUAAGCUUCGUGCCACUGGAGGCAACAAGACCAAGACCCCAGGACCUGGUGCUCAGUCUGCUCUCAGGGCUCUUUCUGGGAUGAAAAUUGGACGCAUUGAGGACGUUACCCCGGUGCCCUCUGACAGCACUCGCAGAAGGGGUGGUAGGAGGGGAAGGAGGCUGUGGUCGUCUCUCCUGCAUGCUAUUUGCUAUCCCUUGGCUGUGGCCAUGAAGAAGCUCCCCUCUGGGGUAAUGUUGCUGUCUCUAUGCUUGUCAAGAGGAGCUUUUAAUUUUGCUCUAUAUUGAUGACCAUUUACCGUUAGUCUCGAAUCUAUGAUGUUGCAUGGAUAAUGUUUUUGGUUGAGGAAUUGACUUGUCAGUUUCACUCUAUAAACGUGUUAUUAGAGUAAUCUCCCAUUUCUAUGAGGUGCAGUGCAGCAGAAUUGCGUGUUUUUGCUUGCUGUCUUGCUGACCUCAAAACAUUCGUUCUGAAUGUUAGUUUCAGCAUCAGGUUA